UCAAAAGAAUUUGCCAAUAUCUCUUCUCUCGCUAACGAAGCUCUCUCUCUUCUUCUUUACACUUGCAGAGAUACCAAACACAGCCCCUCUUCCCUCAUAAAAAAGAAGCACCGAAACCCUAGUGUUUCUUGCCUUUCAAAGUUAAAAAUGCCGGUAUCAAGAGAUAGAUUGUCAAGCCCAGUAGACAUAGCUGCACUCUUUGCUGCUCGAAGACAAUCAAGGAUUCUUGGUGUCUAUCAAGACCAGCCAGAGCUUGACAUGGCGCUGUUUGGUUCUCCUAGACCAAACGCAGCAACAAGAACUCAAACAGUGGGUGCGGGUACCAUUGCUGUGCGUGGAAGAGGUGGUUUGGGCACUCCAAGGGACCAAGGUGGCCGGACUACAUUGGGCAGAGAAAAUAUUCCUCCACCUGGGAGUGCCCGAAGAGGAAGGGGUCGUGGAUCAAAUAGUGUGUUACCUGCCUGGUACCCUAGGACUCCUCUUCGUGAUGUCACUGCUGUUGUUAGGGCCAUCGAAAGGAGAAGGGAACGCUUGGGAGGAAGUGAUGACCUAGAAAUCAGGAGCCCAAUGCCUCAAGUCCGAAUGAAUCAUGACUCUUCUGAGGCAACACCAGUUGCUCAUCUCGAGCACAGCAACAGGAUUAUGUCCGCAAAACCAACUACUGCAGUCAAGGGCUGUUCUUCUACCAUUGGUAAAGUGCCGAAAAUUUUGCAGCAUAUUACAAACCAAGCCUCUGGUGAUCCAGACUCUCUAACACCCCAGAAGAAACUCCUUAACUCAAUUGACACAGUUGAGAAAGUAGUGAUGGAGGAGUUGCGAAAAAUGAAGAGGACUCCUAGUGCUAGGAAGGCUGAGAGAGAGAAAAGAGUUCGAACUCUUAUGUCAAUGCGGUGAUUGGUCAUCUUCUGAUGAUAUUUCCACAGUAUUCUAUGGUAAACCAACAGGAGGAAUACAGUCACUACCUUCGGUGACAACCUGUGCGGUGACUUUGAUCAUCGUCUAGUUAUAUCAUUGUGCAUCGAGAUUGAUCAUCUUCUGGUGAUAUCCUUGUGCAUCAAGAUUGAUCAUCUUCUUGUGAUAUCUUUUCAGGGAGUCUUGUACUUAUUGGCAGACGGCUCUUAGAUUUCAAUUUUGCUAGUGAAAGAUUGCUUCCGGGCAAUCUUUCACCAGCGUUCCCUUCAUUCUCAUGAAGGUUUUACUGUUGUUCCUUCAUUCGUUUGAAGGUAUGUAGGACAAGGGCUACGUAUUUGUUUUGACUGAUGUACAUAGGUUAGAAUACCAGGUAUAGCACUCCUGUCUUUUGCCUAUGAUCUAUUACUUCCUAUUGUAAUAUUGAAACAGUUCUGAACAGUUGAAUUCUAUCAUUGUAUGGUAAUUUGUAGAUGGAUAAAGUACAAUAAAUGUGGUUUUGCCUUGUUCUA